AGGCCACAUUAAUCAGUGUCACAAACAAACCUACACUAUACUAUCUCCCUAAAAAAACAAAAACAAAAUGAAACCAUAUUUUCUUCUCUUCUUCAUUCUCUUCACAACUCUUACUACCACCAACCUUUCCCUCUCUUCUCACCACCAAUCUCCAGCACCCGAACCAGGCCCGAAAAAGCCAGAUAACGAAACCAUAUACCGGAUUUCGAAGCAACUAUGUUGGGGUUGCAUUGGAGAGUCACUCCAAUUCUUGUUUGCACAAAACAUGGUUAGAGCAGCAAAGUGGGAACUACCUUUCACGUGGGAUUUUGACCUCGAAAAAUAUGCAAAAUGGUGGGCGGGACAGAGAAAAUCGGAUUGUGCAGUGGAGCAUUCGUUUCCUGAGGGAGAGUUCAAGCUAGGAGAGAACAUUUAUUGGGGGAGUGGGUCGACAUGGACACCGACUGAUGCGGUGAGGGCUUGGGCAGAGGAAGAGAAGUACUAUGAUUACUCGACCAAUGGAUGCGCUGUUGGGCAGCAGUGUGGGCAUUAUACCCAGAUCGUGUGGAGGAAGACGAGGAGAGUUGGGUGUGCUAGAGUUGUUUGUGACAGUGGAGAUGUGUUCAUGACUUGUAACUAUGAUCCGGUGGGCAAUUACAUUGGCGAGAGGCCAUACUAGUGUGAAAAAGUAUAAAAAUACAGAAAUCAAUUACAGAAUCAAAUAUAACUUUCUCACAAGACGUAAGUUCCAUCUUUUUGUGAAUUUUAUAUCUAUGUGAAAGUAUUAUGUCUAAUUCUGUGAUUGAUUUCUGUGUUAAUAGAAGAAUUGGUGUCAUACAUAUAUAUGGUUGUGCAUUUGGUGUUUGUACAAUGUGGGAUAUGUGGAUAUGAAGGUGUUAUAGUGAGUUUUGUGUCACCUAUGAUUAAUUAGUCUAAUACAAUAAUAGUAUGCUCAGGGAAAAAAUACAAGUCCAAAGGGUGUUGGUGCUCUGUUUGACUCUUGUAUGCGAUUUAAUGUUAAAUAAUGUGAAGCAGUGUUUUGAAUGGAAAAUUCUAUUCUUAAAUAAAAUUUAUACAAAAUAUUUGGUAAGAA